AUGUUGAAACUUAAUAAGAUCUAUAAAAUUAAUCAUAAGAAUAAUUAUGCAGCCUUAUUAAAUGAAGAGAAGAAUAAAAUAAAUGUUAUUUUAAAUGAAUAUACAGAUAUUAUAUAUAAUAAUAACAGUAAAAGAUGUAAAAACAAAUAUAAGGAUAUGAAAAAUAUUCAUAAUAUUCUUUAUAGUAGUGUUUUAAAAAAUUACAAGAAUGUAUAUUUUUAUAAAAACAUGUUAAAAAUUGUUGAAAAUAGGAAAAAUGAUCUUACACUUCAUCAAAUAAAUAUUAUAUUAAACUCAUUAAUCAAAGCACAAAUUUAUAAAUAUUCUAUAUUUAAUUCUUUUGAAGAACCAAUAUUAAAACAUUUAAAUAAUAUACAUAUAAUGAUUAAUGAUAAUAUUUAUAAAAACUAUAAUAAAAUAAUUGAACACAUUAGGACAGAAAAAAAAAUUGUAUAUAUUCCUACUACCACUUUGCUUUUUCCUAAUAAGGAUAUAAAACUAUAUUUUAAUAUAUCUGACACUCAUUAUAAUUCAAAUAAUGUACAUUUAAUUUCUGGACAAUUCGAUAUACUCAUUAAUAUUUUUAAGAGCUAUAUUCAUUUCUCAUGUCACAAUUCUUUAUUUAAUACUUUGUUCUUUUUCAUAACAAAAAAUUAUUUAUUUAUAAAAAAUAAAAAAAACAACUUAUUAAAUGUGUGGCUUUUGUAUAUACAAAAUAUUCUAUCUAAACAUAGUAUAGGAAAUUUAGAACAACAUUCCAUAGUUAAUAUAUCAAACGAAAAAAAGAUAAAUAUUUUAAAAAAAAAAAACUUUUUCAAACAUUCCAAAUUGUACAGACAUCAAUAUUAUUUCAACAUUAAAAUGAAAACUAUUUAUAAUUAUAUUAUUGCUUAUAAAAAAAAAAACAUAAAAAACUAUAUUAACAAAGACAAACACAAUAAUAAGUCAUAUAAUACUAUAUUUUGUAAAAAUUAUAUAUCUAGUGUUUUAAAAUAUAUAACUAUACUAAUUUUGAAGAAAGACAAAUAUCUUUUACUUCAAAAAAAAAAAAUUAAUAAAAAUAAAAAUUUAUAUAUAUCAAAUGGUUAUAUGUAUAAAUAUAAAUAUUCAAAUGUACAUAUAUCUAGUAAUUUUGCAUUUAAUUAUUUAAUCAAAUUCCAUUUUAUCGAUAAUCACUUUUUAUUAAAGAAAAAAUAUUUUCCUCAAAUGUUAUUAAAUGAUAUAACGUUUCUUCAAAAUAUGUUAAUUUUCUUGUACAACAUGAAGUUUAAAUCAAACAUAUUUCAGAGAUAUGUAAAACGAAUUGCAAGUACAUGA